GGAAGCCCCGGGAUUGCACCCACCCAGUCGAUGAGGGGACCCCUACAUGGACUGAAUUUCAGAAUGUUUUGAAGAAGUGUCGCAACACCUCUGCACCGGGUCCUGACAAGAUACCUUACAUAGUUUGGAAGCUUUGUCCCUCCCUUCAAUCCAUUCUUUUCACCAUCUUUGGGCGGGUUUGGGAGAGCAAGAUCAUUCCAAGGCAGUGGCAGGUAGCGUGUAUCACACUCCUGGCCAAGGGGGAGGUGUCUGAUGAUCCUUCGAAAUUCCGACCGAUUGCUCUAGCGAACACGUCCGGGAAGAUCUUUUUCACCUUAGUUGCAAAGCGCCUCUUGAAACAUAUGCUAGGCAAUAAGUUCUUCGAUGGUGACAACCAGAAAGGAUUUAUGCCUGCAAAGGCUGGGUGCUUAGAGCAUACAUCACUUUGUUAUGAGGCGAUGCGUGAUGCAAAGACGGCAAAACGCCAAAUUUGCAUUGCGUGGAUAGAUUUGAAGAAUGCAUUUGGUUCAGUGCGCCACAAUCUGAUACAGUAUGCUCUAACCCACUACAGCCUUCCUUUGCAAUUCAGGAAAUUAAUUUUUUCCUACUACGACAGUCUUUGCGCUUUCGUCGUACAACCACACACACCCACCUUUAAUUACAACAUUGGUGUUUUCCAGGGGUGCCCCUUGUCCCCGGUCCUUUUCAAUAUUUGUUUCCAGCUUCUGCUGGACUCACUUGCAGCCCCUGAAUUAAGUUGCCUCUCCUAUGAUUUUAAAUCUGCCCCUUUGCAAGUGUCCCAAACAGCUUUUGCUGAUGACUUAGGCCUCUAUAGCAAAUCUAGUGCAGGUUGUCAAAAACUCAUUGCGGUCACGGAGGACUUUCUCUCGUGGACCCAAUGUAUGCAGGCGGCGCCGCACAAAUGCAAAAGCAGUGCAGCAAAGCUUGUAGAUGGCCGGUACAAACCUUACGAUCCCUGCCUGACAAUGUCAGGGAGGAAGAUCGCUUUCAUUGACAUCACACAAGGUUUUGUACGUGAACUGCACUUUAUGUGUUUACCAUUUCUGAAGAAAUGGUCAGGCCUACCUCGAUGCGCAAACUCUGCCAUUCUUUUUAUUGGCAGUCGCAAACGCUUUGGCUUACGCCUCCACUACCUUCCUACGGUGUGGAAAAAGUGCCAGUCCAUCAAAUGGCACAUUCUUCGAUCGAGUGGGGACGCGCGCAUGAGGGCGCUGUACACUCUGCGUCGGAGUAAGGAUGCGAAGCUGACAAAGCGAUAUGCGGCGACAAUAGAGCUGGAGUGUGCAGAGGCAUCAGUAGGUUCAGGGACUCUCCGUCCACCGUCAUCUUCAAGUCAUCGUGCAGGGUUGGGUGCUCCUGCUCCGAAGCAGCAUUCCAAACCCCCGAGGAAGGAUCUCCUUCAAACAUUUGAGGAGAUCAACGCGCAGGAGCAGAUUUUGAGGCUGAAGACUCUUCAGGUGCAAGGCAAGUGGUUGGAGUGGACAUCGGUGAUGUGGCAGGACCUCUCGUGGAAAUCCCUUUUGUACGGUGGUACUGGUAAGGAUUUGAAAUUUCUUCUCGCAUCAACCCUCGACGUGCUACCUUCUCCGACGAACCUACGCCGUUGGGGAAACACCGUAGUGGAUCCGUACUGUAGUUUGUGCCGUACCUGGGCCUGUACUACGCGCCACGUGCUUGGCGCUUGUCGCGUAGCGCUGGACCAGGGGCGUUACACCUGGAGGCACGACAACGUACUCGGGGUCAUCGUCAGGAACAUGCGUGAGGAGAUUCGAAUCCGCACUGCUGCAAACACCGUACAAACCGAAAAUUCAAAUGAGCUUGACUUCAUCUCGUUUUGCAAGGCGGGAGAGAAGCCAGUUCGCGUUCAGCCCAGACGAAAGUUGGUUACGACUGAUCUCCUGUCAGCGGCCUCAGACUGGAAACUUCUUGUCGACUCAGUUAGUGCAAAGAUUUCUUUCCCUAGCUGUGUUGCACUUACCACCCUAAGACCAGAUAUAGUUCUGUACUCUACGAGUCGUAGGAUUGUAUUCUGGAUGGAGUUGACAGUUUGUGCUGAGGACAGAUUCAGUGUCAGUAACUCGCGGAAGGACAGGCGGUAUGCGGAUCUGGCCGAUCAAUGCCGAGCGAACGGGUGGCAGGUCGUUUCUUUUUCGGUUGAGGUAGGUGUGCGUGGUUUCAUCCCGGACUCUCUUCGGAGGGCUCUGAAAGCGCUUGGAUUUUCUAAUCGAAGAAUAAAAUUUAUUUGUAAUUUGUGCAGUAAGACGUCUCUGCGAAGCAGCUACAUCAUCUGGUUGCGGCGUCAACAAAAACACUGGUCGGAAGAUCCACUUUUCUGAGGUACUGUAUGUGGGGCUCCGUUUAUUGAGGUGCGUUGAAAUUUAUUCUCUUUAUCUUAUUAUUUCUUUUCUAUAAUUUCCCCAUAUGAGUUCCUAUCAGUUGCUGUGAACACCUUGAGUGGAGAGCGCUUGCUCGAGCGUUGAACCGGGUUCUUAAUCCACCAUACCCAGUUCGCAAGGCUGGGCGGGGUUGUGAGCAGGCUUUCAUUUCAUCUUUUCUUAUUAUUUCUUAUUAUUUCUGCUUUUCAUCUCAUUACAAAAAUUCUGCGCUUUUUCUCCAUCUGCGCAUAAAAUCUAGACUGACAACCUGCUUGUUAAAUCAUGCACCUGCUUUCAGGCGUAAAAACCCUGUUGUAGAGGUCUCAGUCCUCAUUUGUUAGACUUACCUGUCUUUAUAAAUGUAACUUACUCUCUCUCUCUCUCUCUCUCUCUCUCUCUCUCUCUCUCUCUCUCUCUCUCUCUCUCUCUCUCUCUCUCUCUCUCUCUCUCUCUCUCUC